UUAAUGGGCCGAACUGGGCCGGCUAUAAUUCUAUCAAAGACCUCCUUUAAUAACUUGUGUUUUAUUUUUAUUUCCGUUUUAUGCGUCUUAAUUUGUAGGGGUCGAAGCGGCGAGCAAUGGCCGGAGAGGAGCGGGAGGCAGUGGAGAUCACCGUCAAAACGGUCGGCCCCGCCCGACCUACCAGAGUCCGAGUCCCCUCCCCCAUCAAGGUCGCGGAUUUGAGGAGAUUGGUUGCCGCGGAGUUUCGGCUGCCGGCGGAGCGAUUGAAGCUUGUUCUGAGAGGUAAGACACUUCGGGACAAGAAGGAGAAGAAUGAUGGCGACGAGGAUGUGGUAAUCAAUUUAGAUGGUGGUGAUUCUCUUAUAGUAGCUGUGGUGCCUAAGCCUCCUGCAAGGCAUCUUCGUGAUGGUGAUGAUGAUGAUGAUGAAGAAUUGAAAUUUCAAAUUCCACAGUCAGCAAACUGGUUGAAGAAGAGAAUUUUCUUGUUUCUUCAUCAGAAAUUGAGAUUGCCUGACAUCCUCUUGAUGGCAAUUUUCUCUAUCAGUCUAAAGGCAUGGAUUGGUAUCAUUCUGUGGUUCUUAUUGGCUCCAGUUGCUCAGAAAUGGGAUAUAGGACCCAUCUAUAUACUUAUCACUGGAUUUUUAAUUAUUCUUCUGAAUCUUGGAAAGAGACAACAUGGUGACCUAAGUGCAUACUCAAUAUUCAAUGAAGAUUUCCGGGAGCUUCCUGGCACGCUUAAUGCAGAUCGACUGGACAGAGAUAUCAGGGCUGGCCAGUUUUGACCUCUUCGGUACCCUGCCACCCGUAAGUCCAGGGUUUGUUUAUACAUGAGAAGAACUUACAUAUCAGUUGUAUGUUCGAACUGUAUGGUUUUCUUAAAUGAUCUUACUCAACGUCGGAAUUUUAGCAACCAAAGGCAGUCAUCAAUUGAGCUACAAGUGGUUUGAUCAAAGAUGGGAACGGUAAAUGGCAGUUCUUCUGAACUCGACUGUCUCACUAAUAGUUGGAAAUUUCCACCCUGAAAAUUUGUGUGGCCUAUUGAUCCAAGUGAGACAUACAUAGAUCUUACUGUUGGAACAGACUUUAAAGAUUGUGUUUAUCCUGUUCGACUGUUUAUUGAGUGGAGUGUGGAGUUCUUGCAUAUUGCUUUCACUUAGCUAGGAACUGACUGUUUUGCAUGUUUAAUGAAAUUUUGGCAAUGAAGAUUGUUCUCGGAUGA